AUGGGGCUCCACACAACUGACGACAAGGAGUACACUGAGCUCAUGGCUCACCAUGGUAAGGGAAACUUCAUCUACGUUCCUGAAACAUACAAGAAUUUACAUCCCGGCUCUAUCGGAUACUGGAACAAGCUGGGCCAAUGGGUUGAAAUCACGGAUAUUUCCGUGCCAGGCAGACCAGAGGCCGAUGGAUUCGGACCUGCUCCCAUCCCGCCUAUGGAUCACCCGACAGACCAAUUCUGGAAGACCAUGUCUUCUGAGAGUGGAAGUGAGAAUGGUGGGCGUCUGAAGACAGAAGUUUCCGGAUUAGCGGCAGGAGGACCCAUCGAUGCCGGGGUUAAAGCAGAGAACAAAAACACCUCAAACAAGAAAGCAGCCCUUAUCACCGAUGAGGUGGUGAAAAUGGAAAGAUUUAUCACAAGAAACACAGUGAUUAUUGCGGGGUGGGUUAAGGAUAAUGCGAAGAAACUCGUCAAUUCGCCUUUUGGUGCUGAUAUUGGCCACUACGGUCUUUAUGCGGUUCACACUGCCUGGGUCACCUCGCAAUGUGCAAUCACCAUGACCACCGACAAGAGCCGCAAUCUUGACCUUGGACUAGACGUCGGAGCGACCGGAAUUGCGAAGCUGGGAGCUGGUGGAUCAUCCCUUAAGAAGCUCAAGGGUGAAGGAUGGGCAACAUAUGAAUCCAACGGGAAGGACGGUGGCUUGGUGGUCUCGUACGCAGGAGCUCAGUUCAAGCUCGCGCGUCUGGCCCGCUUCAGGAAACAUGUAAGUUUGAAUCUCGAUUUACCUAACAUGUCCAGAUUAGCUAACCAAAUGAAGGCUCUAUCGGAAGUCAGGACCGGGGAGACCGUUGAACUUCGGGCUAUCUAUGACGAGAACGGAAACAUUACAGGAUACGAAGAAGUGAAGGUGAAGGCACCAGAGGAAGAGGAGCCCACUGGAGAAGAAGAUGAUAUAGUCAUUGCCGAGAGUGAACCCGUUGGAAUGACUGAAGAUGAUCUCAGGGACGAAGAAAAGGCUGCAGAGGAGGCAGAAAAAGCGAAGCAAGCUGAAUUUGCCAGAAAGGCUGCGGAACUUGUUAACAUCCCAGAAGGAGUAGAAAGAGAUGCGGCGCGGCAGAAGCUGCUACAGGAUAUGACGGUGCAGCAACCUGUGACCCAACAGAUCCCAAAGGCUUAA